UGCUUCUUUUCCUCUUGUAAACGGUAGGACAUCUAACCCAAUUCGUUCCCCGAAACCUUCCCCCACCAACCAAGGCACGGCAAUCAGACCAUGUACAGCGGCGGCGUGCGGCCAUCGCUUCCGUCCGCGGCGGCGGGAGGAGCCUCCGGCCCGGACGAGCCUCGCGACGCGCGCGUGGUGCGGGAGCUCCUCCGGUCGAUGGGGCUCGGCGAGGGCGAGUACGAGCCGCGGGUCCUGCACCAGUUCCUGGACCUGGCCUACCGCUACGUCGGGGACGUGCUCGGCGACGCCCAGGUCUACGCCGACCACGCAGCCAAGCCCCAGCUCGACGCCGACGACAUCCGCCUCGCCAUCCAGGCCAAGGUCAACUUCUCCUUCUCCCAGCCGCCGCCCCGCGAGGUAUGAGCACGACCAAUCUCAGUAAAAAUCCUAGAGUAUAUCUUCGUUAGAUUCGGACAAAUUAUUAGGUAUCGUAGCUUCAUUCAAUUGGUCAAUGACGAGGACAAGGGUCCACUUUAAGCUCUAGAUCGAGGACCGGCUUUCCUGUGAACCUAUCAGAUUCAGAGGGAGUAAUGUUGUGGACUCCAAUUGGGGAUAAGCACUGUAGAGGAUGUGAUGUGUCGCAGAGGAAACAAUCUACUCCCUCCAAUUGGAGCACGAAAAAUAUCUGGUUCUUGGCUGAAAUCUCAACGGCUAAGAGUACGAAAAAUGAUGUGUGCUGUUGAGACUUCAGUUAAUUUCUGGUUCUUGGCUGAGAGAUAUUUUUUGGGGAAAAUUUGAAUUUUAAAUAAGGCUCAACUUCUCGAUUAAAUGCGUUCCACAAUAAGAACACAUCAAUCAAAGAUUCAGACAUGGUGGUGUUUAGAAGCCACCAUCCGCAACGCAACACAGAGAUUGUGGUUUUUAGUCCUUGAGCUCAUGAAAUGUCGUUUUUUCUACACUCGUAGGUGUCCGAGGGACCAACAUAUCAGACAGUGUUAUACUGAAAUUAUAAUGAAAAAAAUAGGAGGGAACGUGGGAUUCGAACCCAGAUUCAUCUCAAUUACUCCCUCUGUAAACAAAUAUAAGAGCGUUUAGAUCACUACUUUAGUGAUCUAAACGCUCUUAUAUUUCUUUAUGGAGGGAGUAGUACAUUAGGACCAAGAUGACUCCUUUAUCCUUUAGGAAGUUGGAACUGACAGAACUUUUGCCAAUUUGGUGGGGUAAUCAGGGAGUGCCGAGAUUUAAAUCCCAGUGUGCAGCUAGUAGCAGAAACGAAUACCUUCUCGAUGUAAGGAAAAUCCUAUUCUUACGUAAAAAUCUUAUGAAAUCCAUGCGUACUGGUUUAUUUAAUUAUUUUAGAUUGUUACUGCUCCCACGAUCUUAGCAACCGUCACUACAAUGAACUGGUACGUAAAACUUUUUGUCGAACCUGUAUGUAUGAAUAGCAUUGCUCAUGUAAGUUCAAUACCAAUAGGUGGGAAAAGUCAGAAGUGAAGGUAGCAGAAUAGAACCCCUUCUCAAAGUAAAAAAGAAAAAGAAGUAGAGCAAAAGAGCCCUUUCUAACCUCCAUCAAGGAAAACCUUCCAUAUCUGCACACAUGAUGCAAGGAGAGACCAGUUGGGGCAGAACAUUGACUUCAGUUCAGUCCAUGACACCAUAUCUUGUUAGGAAUGUUCAACUGAGCCCAUUUCUUGUUUGGAAAGUUGAAUGCUUAUCAGCUGAAGGGUCUAAAAUCUUAGGAAUCAUGUGCAACUAGUAGUUCCAUAUACACAAUUUAACCUUUGAGAACCAAGCAAGAAAUAAAUACCCUCUUCUGUUAGUGCAGAGAUGCUGCUUUGUACCAUAGCAGACUUCUGUUGCAACUGGAAACAAGAAUACUCGGUUUCCUUAUUAAGUUGGCUUUACUCUUUAGAUAUAUUAUGUGUAUUCUCGAUAACUUCCGUUAGAUUUGGACACUCUUCAUGGAUGGGUCAAGUCAAAUAAUCACAUAGAGGGCUGAUGAGGUAUCGACUAGGAGGCACUGUAGCCAUCACAGAUCAGAAAGGUAACGGGGUAGUGGCGAAUAGAGAUUAGGGGGAGACUUCUUUAUUGAUAACUUGCAUCAGUCACUGCAGCUACGGGACCUUUAUAUAGGUGACUCAAGACCAGUGUCUUGGAUGGAUACAGACUUAAAGUGCUGCAGAAUGUGACUGCUGCAGGUUCUGUUGAAACGAUUCCUAACUUAGGGAACAAAAGAUUAAUUGAACUCUUAGCCUAUUCCAACUCAGGUGUGUCUGCUGUAGCCUCUGGGUUUACUCCUCCGAUAUGGAACUCCGCACAUAACACUCUGUAAUACAGUUACCUACCAAUUCAUUGGUACACUGGUUCCCCCCACUCCCACCUCUCCAAAUCUUCAGGAACAGGCUAAGCGUAGUAGAAAAUAAUGUUUUGAAAUACAUGGCUGGUCUUAUAUAGAAACAUGAAAUGAACAGGGUAUGAUUCUCAAUGUGUAUGAGGCUGGCAUCUGAAAAUAAUACCUAAAAUGUUGAUGAAUCAUAUUAGGCAGUAAAAGGAUAUUAGAGAUUGAGGGUCACUCCAAGUUUACUCACUUUUGGGUUAGCUGGUAAGUGCUACUAAACAAGAUCUUGCGUAGAUAAAGGCUAUGAACAACUCUUGUGGCUAGGCUAUGAACAAGAUCCGGCUGCCCAAGUCUAUCGCUCCACCUGGCUCGAUUCCUCUUCCACCUGAGCAGGACACUUUGUUGAGUGAAAACUACCAGCUCCUACCCGCACUGAAGCCACCAACUCAGACUGAAGAAGCAGAAGAUGACAACGAGAGAGCCGACGCAAUCCCUGCCAAUCCCAGUUCAAACUAUUCGCAGGAUCAGAGAGGCAGCGAGCAACAUCAGCCUCAGAGCCAGAGCCAGAGGGUUUCUUUCCAACUGAA